AUGCCAGUUAUGGUGUCGAACAGACAGCAGGAAAAUAGUUCUCAAGACUUGCGUUCUUUUGUUUAUGUGCACUGUGAGUCACUGUCGUUAACUCACGUCACCGGUCAGUUCGCUCGCCUCACCUCCGCCAAAUCAGCAAACGUGCGGACGCCCAAACCGAGGACGCACGCGUCGAAUCCGAGCUGGUACGCCAACGAUUGA